AUGGAUGCCACGGCGUCGUCUUCGAACUGUCCAUCGGAGACGGUAGAGCUCAAUCGACCGGCUUUCAGAGCAUAUCUGGACUUCCGCUUUGUGAAAUCCAACCUGGAUAAAUUGCGAGAGAACGUGAAGAACAGGAACAGCUCAGCCGAUCCUGACCUCGUAGCACGACUGUAUGACAACUGGGUGAGGGUGCUGGAGGAACUAGAGAGCGUGCGAGCAGACAGGAAUUCUAACGCAAGGGCAAUGAAGGGCAAGCUGGACCCAGAGAAAAGGUCAGAACUGGUGGAUCAGGGAAAGGCCUUGAAGGCAAGGCUGGCCGUGCUUGAGGCAGAGGUCGAGAUGGUAGAAGAUGCAUUGCAGAGAGAAGGGCAGAAGCUGCCGAAUAUCUCUCAUCCUGACGUACCUGUGGGCGGAGAGGAGGCAGCCAGGGUGAUAAAGAUGGUUGGUUCACGCCGAAACUUGGGCUUGGAGGUGAAGGAUCACAUGGCUGUCGGCACCGCCCUGGACCUCAUAGAUUUUGAGACGGGUGCAAAUGUCUCCGGGGCAAAGUUUGUGUAUUUGCGGCGAGCAGCAGCACUCCUAGAGUUGGCUCUUUGCAAUUACGCCAUGCAGAAGGUGGCUUCGAAGGGGUUUCUGCCAAUGACAACCCCAGACCUUGUGCGUGAAAGCGUCCUAAUAAAGUGUGGGUUCCAGCCGCGCGGAGAUAACACACAGGUGUAUUCCAUACGAGACACUGGACUCUGCCUCACUGGUACAGCAGAGGUGCCUUUGGCAGCUGUCUACAUGGAUCAGAUAAUUCCAGAGGAGCAGUUGCCCAUCAGAUUGGCAGCCUUUGGCCACUGCUUCCGCACAGAGGCUGGUUCUGCAGGCUCAGCCAGUCGAGGAUUGUAUCGAGUGCAUCAGUUCAGCAAGGUCGAGAUGUUUGUGUUGAGUACUCCGGAGCAGAGCGAGGCCAUGUUGCAAGAGCUCUGUGACAUAGAGGAGGAGAUUUUCACAGAACUGGGGCUACACUUCCAGAUGCUGGACAUGCCUACUGGAGACCUCGGGGCACCUGCCUACCGAAAGAUUGAUAUUGAGGCCUGGAUGCCAGGACUGCAAAGGUAUGGAGAAGUCAGCUCUGCUUCGAAUUGCACGGAUUACCAGGCCCGCCGUCUCAACAUCCGCUACAGGCCGUCUGUGGCUGACGAAGAGCGCAAGGGUGGAAGCAAGAAGACGCGCAAGCUGCCCACGGAGUUUCUGCACACCCUCAAUGCAACGGCUUGUGCGGUGCCCAGGCUGAUUGUAGCCAUCCUUGAGAACUGUCAAGCAGAGGAUGGUUCCGUGGUGAUUCCACAAGUGUUAAGACCGUACAUGGGUGGCAUGGAGUGCAUCCAGGCCCCUGACUUGGUUCUGUGAUAGCAUUGAUGAGAGGGCCAACUGAAUUUAUGCUUAGGUACAGGAUCCAGGGGGCACUACUUACCUGCCCUAGGGCCUGCCAGUGGCGGUAUAUGCAAGCCCAAGUGCGAUACAUGGGUGUCAAAAUAUUCAAAGUUCCUUUAAGAGGAACUUUGCAGUUCUGGUUUUCACCCAUUUGAUGUACUUUGAAAAUUGCUGUUAACAGUUUUUAUUUACU